GCCGUUUUGUUUAUUAUUUAAGAUUUUGUAAGCUGUGAUUUUGGAUCUAUUUAAACUUCUGUAUUUUUCAUACUUUAAAAUUUAUGGCAAAGGCGCUUAAACUGGAUAUAGUUUGAACUCCACGACCAUUUAUAUUUGUGACAAGUCUAUAAAAAAAACCCGUUUAUUCUAACAACUACCGUUCUAGUUCUUGGAAAGCAUGUCAAUACAUGAAAAUUCGGCGGUGACAUUGAAGCAGGCGCUUGAUUUUGAUUUUAAAAUGACUCCCUAAAUUUCAUAAACGAAGGCUUGCUGGGAAAAUAUUCACUUUAUUUAACAGAUUAUUGUAAGGGAAUAGUGAAAUAUGUCAAUUUAAAUUGAGUGUUAUUGAUACUACCUACAACAGUGAAUUGUCACAAUAUGAUGAUCAAUAAUCAAGUUAUCCUUGAAGAGGAUUAUGAUGAAAAUUACGAGCCUACUCCUGAUGAGGUGCUAGAGUACGCUACAAUAAUUGGUAUUGAUUUAAAAACAGAACAACAUUUACUGUAUAUUGCCAAAGAGGGUAUAAAUGCCCCCUUACCUGAAAACUGGAAACCAUGCCAAGAUCAGAACAAGGAUAUUUAUUAUUUUAAUUUUGCUACUGGUGAGAGUAUCUGGGAUCACCCUUGUGAUGAAUUUUAUCGUAAAAUGGUGGAUGAAGAAAGAAAAAGACAUCUUCUUACCAAAAACACUGGCAUUAAUAAAGGUAAAGGAAAAAUAGCUAAAGAAAUCAACAAAAAGAAAGGAAAAAUGUCACCGUAUCUGGGACCUUUGAAAGCAGAACAAAGUUUAGGAACUCCUGCUCUGCAUAGAGGUGGUGCUUUAAAUCCUAUUAAAACAUCUGAAAGUCUGGGACAGUCAGGAAAGUUGACAUCAUCUGCUCAGUUAGCAUCAUCAGAACAGUUAGCACCAAUGAGAGGAUCGGCUGGUUCCAGUCAUCAGAGUUCUUCAGUGAAUUUAAAGAAAGGAAGUAUAAAUACAUCUGGUACAUACGAGUCCAAUAAAAGUAUGAAUAUGACCAGUAGUAUCAGUAUACCCGUUUACUCUACAGAAUAUGAAAAUGAGGAUGAUGAACCUAGAGUGAGUGUAAAUGUUAUGGAUAUGUCUGCAUUAGGUUAUCAUGAUGAGAUGGAUGGUGUAAAGGAACCAGCUCGGAUCAGAAUCGAAUCAGAUACUGAUAGUGAAGAUUAUGGAAAAGAUGUGGAUUUUGGUAUUGAUAAGAAUUUAUCAGACCGAAUUAGAGAGUUAGAGCCUGAAUUGAGAGGAUCAUGGGAGAAAGACCUGGAAGGUACAUUAUCAUUGAAAUCAACAGCUAGAGGUGAUGAUGCUGGUAAAAUCAGUCCAUUGGUAGAUGAUGACAGAAUUAGACGAUCUGAAAAAUUGGCAAAUGCUGCUGAAAGUCAAGCAGACGCAGAGAGAUUGAAAGAAGAGGAACAUAUAUAUAGAACAGCUAAUGAUAAAGCUGUAGAGGAAAUGAGAAAAAAAUUGAAUAGAGAAUUGGAGAAUGCUAAAUUGGAAUUAUUAGAGGAUAAAGAUGCAAGAUUAAAAAGAUUAAAGAGAGAAAUAUUAGAAGAACAAGAAGAAGAAGAGAGAAAAUUGAGACAAGAUAAAGAAGAAAGUGUGCAAAAUCUACAGGCUAGUUUAAAAGGAUAUAUGAAAAAAAGCCAGGCUAAUCUACAAUAUGAUGGACAGACAGAUUUAGCUAAAAUAAAGGAGGAAUGUCAACAACAACAGAAAGAAGAAGAAAUGAAGCUGCGAGAUCAAAUGGAAAGAGCUUUAGCUAGAUUAAGAGAAGAGGUUGCAUCAUUACAUAAAGAAGAACAAGCUAAAUUAGAAGAAGAGAAAUCAAAAGCUUUAGACAAACUUCAUACACAGGUGGACAGAGAUAUUAGUGGUGAAAAAGAAAAAUUAGAAAUGGAAACCGAACAAGAGAUUAAUAAAAUACGAAGUAAACAUCAGCAAGAAUUGGAUAAUAUGAAAGAUGAGAUGGAAAGAAAACACAGAAAUAAAGUAGAAAAUCUUAGAAUGGAAUUAUCAGAAAAGCAUGAAGAGACAAUAGAAGACAUGAAAAAAGAAAUUUUACAUUUACAAGUAAAAGAACAAGAACAGCUGGAACAUGAACUAGAAGCUACAAGAAAACGACAGAAAGCUAUUGAUGAUCUUGACAGAGGACUAGAAGAAGUAUUAAAUGAAAGACGUCAAGAAUUAAAACAACAACAUCAGAAAGAAACAACACGAUUAAAAUCAGAACAUGAAGAUUAUAUGACUAAAUUAAAAGAUGAUUACAGUGACAAGAUUAAAAAAGAGAAACAGAAACUACUAUCUACUCUGGAUACAGAACGUAAAAAACUAGAAAAACAACAUGCAAGAGAGAUAGAAGAUAUAAGGAAAGUCUAUGCCAGAAAAAAAGAAAAUUUACAAGAACAAUUUGAAGAUGAGGAAGAGGAAAUUAAAGUAAAAUCCAACGAAAUAGAUAGGAAAAAAUUACUAUUAGAAAAAUCAGUGAAAAAUAUUGAAGCUCAGGAAAAGUUGUUAGCUGACAAAAGGAGGGUAUUUUCAGAAGAUCUGGAUAGAUUUGGAAAAGAACAAGAUGAGACAUUCUUUAACCGAGCUACACCAUUAUCUACCAAUGAAUUAGCUAGGAUGAGAGAGGAAAGAAAACAGUUGUUGGAAGAAAUAAGAACAGAGAGAAAAGAAUUAGAAUAUGUUAAAUCUGAUAAAAGAAAUAUGGAAAGUGAAGUACUAGAGUUAAAGAUAGCUAAAGAUCAGAAUUCCAGAAAGUUAAAUGAAUUAAAGAAGAAAUUAGGUGAAUUUGAAGAUAUAAAGGAUAGAUUAGAUGAUGAAGUUGAUUCACCAGGUAAAUUAAAGAUGGAUGAUUUAUGUGAAACACCUAAGCCUAAACCUAGAAAUAGAGCAUCAUAUUCAUUAUUCAGUGAUGAUGAAAAUACAGAAUCACAUGGAUUACCAGAUGUCCAUAUAAAGAAAUCUAAAUCAGUUCAUAUUUCAAGUGAAAUAAAGGAAGUUUAUGAUGAACUUUUCUCUGGUGAUGAUGAUUCAAUUCUAGACUAUGUAGAUAAGAAUGUAAGAGAUCAUCUACAGAAAGAGAGUGAUUCCAUCAAUAAGGCUAAAGAAUUUUUACGCAAACAAAGACAUUCUUUACAAAGGCGUAAGAUGGCUUUAGAAGCUGCCAAUGAAGAAAUGGAAAAAGAUGCCAAAAAAUCGGUAGAAGAGAUUGAUGGAGAUAAUUAUGUAUUAGAUGAUGUGAGAAUUAGUUUAGGUUUAGAAGCUUUAAAACUAGAUCAGAUGGAAACUAACAUGAAGGCUGGUGUCAGAUUAUUGAAAGAAAAAGAAACUAAAUUACGACAAUUUGAUGCUAAACAUAGAGAUGUGAUUACUGAAAGUGAAAACCAAUUUCAUUCUUUUGAAAGAAAAUGGCAGCCAUUAAGAUUACCUACAUUAGAUAUAAGUGAUGAUGAUGCUAGUAGUGGUGUUAGUAGUACAGAUUUUAGUCUCGAUAAUUUUAUACGAGGUCUAUCUAUACCUGAAUAUGUCCCGGGAUUUACCAAAAUGGUACCAUCAACAAGUAUACCACCUGUUAGUGAAAAUGGCACAGAUACAAGUUAUUUAGCUCAUACUCUCUUUAAAAUAAACAAUGAUUUAUCACAAGUAUUAUCUGCCCUACAUAAGCAAGGGGCAGCACAAAUACCAUCUUCACCUAAUACACCAUCUUCCACAGCUCCCCGUUUGCCAUAUGAAAUUCCACAUCCUCCACCACAUGCAAGUCCAGCUAUAAUGAGACCACCAUCCAUUUAUGACACAACUAAUCCUUAUACCAUGAGAAGUCCUUAUCAUAAAGUAGAUUAUGGUACUACUAUGGUGUUAACGGCUGAACAGUCUUUAGAAAGAAAAUGGAGAAAAUACUUUGGUGAUCGUAAACCUGUUAUUACAUCUUCCACUACUAAUGUUGGUUAUGGUCAUACACCUGUCAGAGAACAGUUGCGUAAUCAUCGAGUAAAUUUAAUGGAAUCUCAAAAAUUGAACAGUACGUCCACUGAAGAUAGAUUACUAGAACAUAAGCAAUGGUUACAACGCUUUCAACAAGAUAUCAACAUGAGUAACUCAUUCUUAAAUAAAGUUUUCGCCUCUAAUGAUGGCUCUGUUAACAGUAUAGGUAAUGUAUCUGUAGAACCAAUAUCAUCUACACCAACUAAAGUAAGAACAGCACCACAACUUGUUCUAGAUGAUUAUAAUCAAAUACAUGUUCAACAACAUUAGUAAAUAUAUUAGUAGCUGUUUUCCAUGAGUAUGUGUUACACUUUAUAACAUAAGCAAUAUUUAUGUUCUACAAACAGCAGAUUCAUUAAUAAUGUUAUAGGGUCAGGGUGCCCAUGGAAAAAGAAAGGCUGUUAAGUAUGAAAACCAAAUGCCAAAAUGUUAAGCUUGUCUGAAAGUUUCAACCCAAAAUAUAGAGCUGUUUGGAUAUGUUCAAAUCAGGUUACAUAACUCUUUUCAAGAACUAGGCUUACCUCCCGGUUUCCAUUGAAUGACUUGAUAAAUAUGACUAGGUAUUUCUCAGUAGUAAACUGGAAAACAUCAAAGAAAG